ACUAGCUUCUUGCCACUAGUGGUAGUGGCCUCCACCCUAGUAGCGAUGGCCUCCACCCGUUUCAGCGAGGAUCUCUUUCAGGCUGCCCUUCUUCAGACCUCUGAAGGCGGCUCUUUGAGCUUCUCCCACAUGGAUCUCGGGACCGGGACCGACUGCGAAGAGCUGAUUUUCCAGCUGAAGGCCGAACGAGAGUUGCGGAACACAGAGAAGGCCAUCCACGUGAAGAAGAAGAGCGAGAGUGCCAAGGCCAAGGACUUUGCGGUCUCCGCCCAGAUGCGACGUGAGGCCAAUGCGGGGAUCGAGUCUGCCGAGCAGAGGCUGAGUGACAUCGAUACUCAGCUGCAAGGGCUGGAGGAACAACAGAAGCGAAGCAGCUGGUUUCUCCUCUUCUCGCUGAUGCAGGCGCAGCCCGUGAAUCGGAUCUCCCGCUUGGACUUGGGCAAUUGUGGGCUCCAUGCCACCGGCUUGGACAUGCUGCAGAAGGUCCUUCUAGAUCUCGAACACAGAGGUGAUGGCCUGGCAGUGGAAGAGCUGGUCUUGGACGGCAACGAUUUUGGAGACGCGGGCACCGUGGCCAUCGCUUCGUUGCUGCGGCUGUCCUCAAAGCUACGGGUUUUGAGGCUGCGGAAUGUCGGCAUCACCGAUGGAGGAUUCUCGCAGAUGAUCUCUGCCAUGGUCUCCAACAAGAGCUUGGUACUCCUCGAUCUCCGUGGCAAUGGCCUUUGCUCGUUGGAGAACUCCAAAAUCGCUCUGCAGGGACUUCGGCGCUUCAACACUGUCGCUGAAGUCCUCUUGGAGUAGAUGCAUGGUGAAUUUGCCAAUCCGAGUGUCCGAGUGCAUG